UGGCCCUUAAAUAUUUUUCUUAUAUAUAGAAAGAAAAGUGUGAUUAUGGUUGGGUGGGAUGGAGGUUCGGAGUUUUGAUUAGAAUUUGAGUACCUUUUCCAAGAUUAACUUUUGCAUUGGAACAGUGAUGGUGAAUUACGGGAUUUAAUAUUGGAACACAGAAUAAUACAUUUUUGUUAUUUUACCUUCUUGGCUGUUACACACCAUACACUUAAAACUGUUUUUUCUAAUACCUAACAUUUUGAUAGAUUUUGGGUUUAAUGUAUGAAAUUGUAGUGAAAUGUUUCUCAUUGCUUUCUAGCACUGUUGAUAACAUCUUCCUGUUACAGAAUAAAGAAUACCACGUACAGAUAAAAGUAAUUUUUCUUAAAAAACUUGGAUUUUAGAUAUCAAUUAUUGUUUAUAACAAGUUGAAACCAAAUAAAAGUAAUCCCUGUUUCUUGAGUUCUUGAUGAUUUUAAGUUCUAGCUAUAUAGAACUCAGAACACACAGAGUUCUAUUGUGAUGCUAGUUUUGGGUCUGUGAUGCUGAUAGAGAAUUCUAAAAGUUAGAGCAACAGUCUCCAUUUUGUCUUGUGCUUUUGAAUCUUCUUUCUUGAUGUGCUUUCUCCCUGUCAUCUGUUACUCUUCUUCUCAUCUUUCCUUACCAUGCCCCUCACAACCAAACUAAAUUUGAGAGAACUUACAAAAUGACAUUUUAUGAUUUUUGUUUUGAUUACAGCAUAAGCUGUGGCCAUGACUACUGAAGUAGGCUCUGCGUCUGAAGUGAAGAAGGACUCUAGCCAGUUAGGAACAGAUGCAACCAAGGAAAAACCUAAAGAAGUAGCAGAAAAUCAGCAGAAUCAGUCUUCCGAUCCAGAGGAGGAAAAAGGUUCCCAGCCACCUCCUGCAGCUGAAAGCCAAAGUAGUCUACGCCGCCAGAAGAGAGAGAAGGAAACAUCGGAGAGCAGGGGUAUUUCUCGGUUCAUACCGCCAUGGCUUAAGAAGCAAAAGUCAUAUACCUUAGUAGUGGCCAAAGAUGGAGGAGAUAAAAAAGAGCCUACCCAAGCUGUUGUUGAAGAACAGGUCUUAGAUAAAGAGGAACCCCUUCCAGAAGAACAGAGACAGGCUAAGGGUGAUGCUGAAGAAAUGGCUCAGAAGAAACAAGAGAUUAAAGUUGAAGUCAAGGAAGAAAAACCCUCAGUGAGCAAGGAAGAAAAACCCUCAGUGAGCAAAGUGGAGAUGCAGCCUACUGAAUUAGUAAGUAAGGAGAGAGAAGAGAAGGUAAAAGAAACACAGGAAGACAAAUUAGAAGGAGGAGCAGCAAAAAGGGAGACCAAGGAAGUGCAGACCAAUGAGCUGAAAGCAGAGAAGGCAUCUCAAAAAGUCACCAAGAAGACCAAAACUGUCCAGUGUAAAGUGACCCUCUUAGAUGGCACCGAAUACAGCUGUGACCUGGAGAAACAUGCCAAGGGACAAGUGUUAUUUGACAAAGUGUGUGAACACCUCAAUCUCUUGGAGAAAGACUACUUUGGACUUUUGUUUCAGGAAAGCCCUGAGCAGAAAAACUGGUUAGAUCCUGCUAAAGAAAUAAAGAGACAACUGAGAAACCUUCCAUGGCUAUUCACUUUUAAUGUGAAGUUUUAUCCUCCUGAUCCUUCUCAAUUGACUGAAGAUAUCACCAGAUACUUCUUGUGCCUUCAGCUCCGGCAGGACAUUGCCUCUGGCCGCCUGCCCUGCUCUUUUGUGACUCAUGCUCUCCUGGGAUCCUACACCCUGCAGGCUGAACUUGGUGACUAUGACCCAGAAGAACAUGGCAGCAUCGACCUCAGUGAAUUCCAGUUUGCCCCUACUCAGACUAAGGAGCUGGAAGAGAAGGUGGCAGAGCUGCACAAAACCCACAGGGGCUUAUCGCCAGCACAAGCUGAUUCCCAGUUCUUAGAAAAUGCAAAGAGGCUUUCCAUGUAUGGUGUUGACCUGCAUCAUGCCAAGGACUCAGAAGGUGUGGACAUCAAGCUGGGCGUGUGUGCUAAUGGACUUCUCAUUUACAAAGACAGACUGCGAAUCAAUCGUUUUGCUUGGCCGAAAAUCUUAAAAAUUUCCUAUAAACGCAGUAACUUUUACAUUAAAGUCAGACCAGCAGAGCUGGAACAGUUUGAGAGUACCAUUGGAUUCAAACUGCCAAACCACCGGGCAGCGAAAAGACUAUGGAAAGUGUGCGUGGAGCAUCAUACUUUCUACAGGCUUGUUUCUCCAGAGCAGCCACCAAAAGCCAAGUUCCUGACCUUGGGGUCCAAAUUUCGCUAUAGUGGCCGCACCCAAGCACAGACCCGCCAGGCCAGCACCCUCAUAGAUAGGCCAGCACCACACUUUGAGCGCACUUCUAGUAAACGGGUCUCCAGGAGUCUAGAUGGAGCUCCGAUUGGUGUCAUGGACCAAAGUCUUAUGAAGGAUUUUCCUGGCGCUGCUGGGGAGAUUUCAGCCUAUGGACCUGGACUUGUCAGCAUUGCCGUGGUACAAGAUGGGGACGGCAGGAGGGAAGUGAGAAGCCCAACUAAAGCCCCACAUUUGCAGCUCAUUGAAGGAAAGAAAAAUUCCUUGAGAGUAGAAGGGGAUAAUAUUUAUGUCAGACAUAGCAAUUUAAUGUUGGAGGAACUGGAUAAGGCCCAGGAGGACAUACUGAAACAUCAGGCUAGCAUUAGUGAACUCAAGCGCAAUUUUAUGGAAUCCACACCUGAGCCGCGCCCUAAUGAAUGGGAAAAACGACGUAUCACACCUCUGUCCCUACAGACACAAGGGAGAAAAGGAGACCAUCUUUUCAAGGAUAUUUUAUCCGUGAAGGAGAAGUACCUGAUGCCGACAACACGGACAGUUGAAGAAAAAGCUCAGGAGACGGACAAGAGCCUAGAAGAGGAGAUAACAUCAAUUUUGUUUAGUGAAAAGGGCUUUUCUGAUAGCAUGAAAGCCACCUUCACUUCAGCCACCACUUGGACAGCAGAGGGCGCUGUUGUGAGCGCUAAUGCACCUUCUGAAAAGCUUUCUUCCUCGCCCUUCUCACACUUGCUUGAGACACGUGCUCCUGAGUCAGAAGGGCCUUGCACUGGAGCCAGGGAUGCUGUUAAGAGUUCACAUGAGACUCUGAAUAUAGUGGAGGAGAAGAAGCGGGCAGAGGUUGGGAAAGACGAAAGAGUAAUCACAGAAGAAAUGAAUGGUAAAGAGAUAUCACCUGGGAGUGGUCCUGGGGAGAUUCGUAAGGUGGAGCCUGUGACACAAAAAGACUCCACCUCCCUGUCUUCUGAGAGCAGCAGCAGCAGCAGUGAGAGUGAGGAGGAAGACGUGGGAGAGUACCGUCCCCACCACCGAGUGACCGAGGGCACCAUCAGGGAGGAACAGGAGUAUGAAGAAGAGGUGGAGGAAGAACCCCGCCCGGCAGCCAAGGUAGUAGAGAGGGAGGAAGCAGUGCCCGAAGCCAGCCCAGUCACACAAGCAGGUGCCAGUGUAAUCACAGUAGAAACAGUGAUCCAGGAAAAUGUAGGUGCCCAAAAGAUACCCGGAGAGAAGAGUGUACACGAAGGUGCUCUUAAGCAAGACAUGGGAGAAGAAGCAGAGGAAGAGCCACAGAAAGUUAACGGAGAGGUGUCCCAUGUUGACAUUGAUGUUUUGCCACAAAUUAUUUGUUGUUCAGAGCCACCAGUGGUAAAAACAGAGAUGGUAACAAUUUCUGAUGCCUCACAAAGGACAGAAAUCUCCACCAAGGAAGUCCCCAUUGUCCAAACUGAGACCAAAACCAUCACAUAUGAGUCUCCACAGAUUGAUGGCGGGGCUGGUGGUGAUUCGGGCACGUUACUGACCGCACAAACCAUCACAUCUGAGUCCGUGUCAACAACGACAACCACACACAUCACCAAGACUGUAAAAGGUGGAAUUUCUGAAACAAGAAUUGAGAAACGCAUUGUGAUCACAGGAGAUGGAGAUAUUGAUCAUGACCAGGCACUGGCUCAGGCGAUCAGGGAAGCCAGAGAGCAGCACCCUGACAUGUCGGUCACAAGAGUGGUGGUACACAAAGAAACAGAGUUGGCUGAGGAAGGGGAAGAUUAAGUAAGAAAGUCAUUUUUUAAACAACACUCAACUUUGUGAACCCCUGAAGAUUUUUUGACCGUUCCAAGUCUUAAUGCCACACCACUAUUCCAGCGAAUUUAUGCUACAACUGGUAACAAUGACCAGAAGCCUGAAGAAUUAAAAUGCCAACACCAAACCUUUCCUUACCAGCUCUGGUCUAUAUUGCUCCCAUGCAUUUAAUAUAUUAUUUUGUUUUAUAACCACUUCUAAAUAUUCUCGGUUCUUUCUUUUUGUUGUUGUUAAUUAAGGGGUUUUGGUUUUGUUUUGUGUUUACUUUGUGUGCAACUACCUGCUUUUAAUGACUCACUUUGAUCAAAUGACAGUGAACAAAGCCAGCCCAAGCUGGUAAGGUGCUGUUCACUUGAACAGGUGCUGUUGUGCAGAAAGGAAACUCUGUGACUAAUUUAGAUAGUGGCUUUCCUUCUUCUGGAUUCUUUUCAUUGAAUUCUCACAGUAAAUAUUUACGGAGUUUUCAAAUUGCAGCAAAUAUACUGUAUGAGAAAAUAUUAAUACAGAUUAAAAGCCUUUCUUACAUCUUGAAAAUUUUCUAAUAUUUGAGAAUUUCACAGGGAUGUUUUUUAUAUUGGACCCUUUUGACUUUCCAGUCCUGUGACUUUCUACUUUUAGUAGAGAGUCAGAAUCUCUGGACUGGAGAAUAAUGAAGAAGUUCACUGACUGUGCACUGUGCUUAGAGACCCUGCCGCACCACAGUGCCAAUGCUUGUCAGACACAUGCCCUUCGGCAGCAUUCCAGAACAGGAGGGAAGAGAAACUUUCUUCCCUUCUACUAAAAGAUUCAGGCAGCUUAAAACCUUAGUGCUUUCUUUCUUAACAUACCCAAAUUUCAAUUCUUUCCAUUAUUUGAACACUUGGGUAGAACUCUUGCUUUGUAUUAAACCUCUUUGUCUACACAUGUAAAACUGACCUUUUGUUAUUGAGCAGGCCUAUCUCUUUCAGAUAGUUUUAUGAUUCACACAGGUUUGAGGAUGCUGGGGAGAGGGGGAGGGGGCUGUGGUGGUGUUCUGUUGGUUACAAGAAAGUUAUACCAUUUAAAGCUGGCACCAGAGACCUGAUAGGGACUUAUUAACUAUAUUGAACAUUUUUUCCUUUGCCUUUGACCCUAUGUAUAGUUACGAUGCCAGAUUAGAUUUAUAGCAGCCUCAAGUUGUAUUAAAUGAUAUUUUGCUUCCUGUAAUACUAUUAUAAAAUAAAGUUUGUUUAUUCUCUAAA